AUGGAAGCGAAUAGUGUCAAGAUCCAAAACAAGCGUAUCGCUAAGGAAGUAAGGCUACUCAAAAAGCUUCCUCCAGAGAUGCUCUUUGGGAAAAUAGAGAAGACUUAUGGAGUGGUAGUAAGGAUUGAAAUUCAGUCCUCUCUGAUAAAAUCCGAACUGCUCAACCCUGAUAUUGAGAAGUUAUACUUUGAAAUAUUACUUACCCAAAGAUUCCCUUUGCAAGCUCCUCAAGUGUACUGUAAGACAAAGAUUGGGUACCCCACAAUUGAUGAUAAGAGGGAUGUCCUGGAGGAGAUCAUUCAUAAGGAAUGGAGCAAUACAAUGACUAUUUAUGAAACAAUACAGCUCAUUCCUCAGUUUGUUGCCGAUCUGCUCCUCAAAAUGCACCAAGAUGAUGAGAUCAAGUCUAUUGGAAAAUGGCAUCUUGGUCAAUCAUACCCUAUCAAAGAGUGGGGAGUCGGCUGUUUCAAGGUAAGAGAGGAAACAGAGACGCUUGAUGGAUUCCAAUACCACGAUCGUUAUAUCGCAGUGUAUGAAAACUCUUUCUUUCUCUUCGAGCCUGACAGAAAACAAAAGACUAUGGCUACACUUCUGACAGUCGCUACUCUAUGAUCACUAGAAAAAAUUGUCAGAAACCUAGAUAUGCCAGAUUACGUAACUUUUAUUUGGAGAAAAAUGGAGAAUCAGAAGGAUCAAUGGGUUCUCAAAGUUGAAAUUCCAAACUAUGUUGAGUGAAUAAAUCUCAUUGUUAAAUAUCUAAAGCUACUAGAAGUUUCUGUGCAAAAGAAAUACAUGAAAAAGCGUAAAAUUUUAGCAUCAGAGGUUAAUGACAAGGCUAUCAAGAAAACUAACGAAAGCAUGCUUUUGCAACAUGUUGAGGAAGCUGAGAAAGCAGUUGAUGAACUGAUCAACAACAAAACUGUGAAAAAUCUCAUGGACUCUUACCAAAAGGCGAUUGAAUACUAUUCUGCACUUGACAACAAAUGCUAUGAAGAUUUCCUCAAUAGAAUGACUAAUCUGUUCAAAAGGGAGGAGAUCCAAAAAGCCUUGUCCCAACCUGAUGAAGAAGAAGAGAAAGUUGAGGAAGCCUCUUCUCAAAAUUUCUCUCCUAGUCUCAACGAUACACAAGAUUCGAACUCUUCAGACCAAGCUUUGGAGCAGGAAGGUGGUCAAGAGCGCCAGGAGGCCCCAGGCGCAGAAAUCCCCAAGGAAUAAGUA